UCCAAUGAAUCCACAAGCGAUACAUAAUUGCUUACUAAAAAUGAGUUGAGAUCUUCUCCAGUUGGGAAUAUGCUUAACCUGCUAUUUCAGGUGAACUUAACAUAUUUUCUUCUGCAUUUUACUUUUUACUUUAACUUCAGCCUUUAUAUCCACGAUCUUGGCUGUCUCCCUCUUCAAGGUCUCAGUGACUCUCAGCUUCAACAUGUGUGUAUCUCAGUAUUAACAAUAGAUGGUGAUGCUCUUUAUAAAUUAUUUUAGAUACUGUAACAAGUCAACAUAACAAGCCCACAGUCCUUAGGCAAUGUUCACAAAUAAGUUAUCCACAACUCCUUAGGCUACCUAUUGAGUUUGCAUAAUAAACCAGAUUUAGCUAGUAUAUCACUUAAGUUUACACUCCUGAAAUGUUAGAAUGAAUCUCUUCAACUACUGUGCUAGCAGUCAUUAGAUCCAUCAAAGAGAAGAGGCUUUCUUAACCGAAAAUUGCGUUGCUGCAAGGAUUGAUUCCCAGAGCAGAUUGCCUACCGACCCAACAUAGGCAUCCGGACCCUGAAUGCUGUUGGUGUUGGAGAAAUGGAGGCUGAAAAGGAGCCCUUUCCUAGAAUAAGGCAAGUGCUGCUUCUCUUUGUUAUGCUGUCUCAGACUUGUGCCGAGUGGAAUAUACUGUGCGGAGUGGAAUAUACUGUAGCAGAAGAAACAAAAAGUGGUUCUUUUGUGGCCAAUCUAACAAAGGACCUGGGGCUAGAAGUAAGAGAAAUAUACCAGUGGAGGGCUUGGGUCAUUUUUAACAAUAACCAAAAAUAUUUUCAGCUAAACCUUCAGACUGGAGACCUGCAAGUAAAUGAGACAUUGGAUCGGGAAGAAUUGUGUAGACUCACUGAGCCUUGUGUGCUGCAAUUCCAAGUGUUACUGGAAGAACCUUUGGAGUUUAAACUUUUGGUCAGUGACAUAAACACAAUUCCCCUGUAUUCCCAGAAGCAGAAAUUAUUUGAAAUCAUGGAAAAUACUCCUUCAGGAACUGUGUUUCCUCUGAAAAAUACACAAGAUUUGGAUGUGGGCAUCAAUAACAUCCAAAACUACACCAUCUACCCCAACUCCCAUGUCCACGCUCUCACCCAAAAUGGCAGUGAAGGCAGAAAAUACCCAGAGCUGGUUCUGGACAAAGCCCUGGAUCGGGAGGAGCAGGCUGAGCUCAGGUUAACUCUCAUGGCAGUAGAUGGCGGGACUCCUCCCAGAACUGAGACUGCUCUGGUCCUCAUUGAAAUCUUGGACAUCAAUGACAAUGCACCUGAGUUUGUGUAGCCACUCUAUCAGGUGCAGAUAUCAGAAAACAGCCCCCUGGAAUCCCUUGUUGCCACUGUUUCCGCUAGAGAUUCAGACAUAGGAAUUAAUGGUGAGAUAUUCUACUCAUUUUUUUAUGGUGAUGAAGAGAUUUCUAAGACGUUUGCACUUAAUGAACGAAGGGGAGAAAUUAAAAUAAUCAGAAAACUAGAUUUUGAAAAAAUUGUGUCAUAUCAGGUGGAUAUUAAAGCCUCUGAUGGGGCAGGUCUUUCUGGAAAAUGCACUGUCAUAAUACAGGUGGUAGAUAUCAACGAUAACGCUCCGGAACUGACCAUGGCUUCAUUCACAAGCCCCAUCCGCGAAAAUUCUCCCGAGACCGUUGCAGCUCUUUUCAGCAUUCAAGACCGCGAUUCUGGGGCAAAUGGAAGAAUAGUUUGCUCAAUUCAAAAUGAUGUUCCUUUCAUGCUGAAACCUUCCGUUGAGAAUUUAUACUGGCUGUUAACAGAAGGACCACUGGACAAAGAGAUUAGAGCCGAGUACAACAUCACCAACACAGCCACGGACCUGGGGACUCCUAGGCUGAAAACCGAGUACAACAUAACCGUGCUGGUCUCCUACGUCAAUGACAACGCCCCCGCCUUCACCUAAACCUCCUACACCCUGUUCGUCCGCGAGAACAACAGCCCCGCCCUGCAUAUUGGCAGCGUCAGCAGCAGAGACUCGGGCACCAAUGUCCAGGUCACCUACUCGCUGCUGCCGCCCCGGAACCCGCACCUGCCCCUCGCCUCCCUGGUCUCCAUCAACACAGACAACGGCCACCUGUUCGCCCUCAGGUCGCUGGACUACGAGGCCCUACAGGAGUUCGAGUUCCGCGUGGGCGCUUCAGACCGCGGCUCCCCGGCGCUGAGCAGCGAGGCGCUGGUGCGCGUGCUGGUGCUGGACGCCAACGACAACUCGCCCUUCGUGCUGUACCCACUGCAGAACGGCUCCGCGCCCUGCACCGAGCUGGUACCUCGGGCGGCCGAGCCGGGCUACCUGGUGACCAAGGUGGUGGCGGUGGACGGCGACUCGGGCCAGAACGCCUGGCUGUCGUACCAGCUGCUGAAGGCCACGGAGCCCGGGCUGUUCGGCUUCUGGGCGUACGGCACUGCCAGGCUGCUGAGCAAGCGUGACACAGCCAAGCACAGGCUGAUGGUCCUGGUCAAGGACAAUGGCGAGCCUCCGCGCUCGGCCACCGCCACGCUGCAAGUGCUCCUGGUGGAUGGCUUCUCCCUGCCCUACUUGCCGCUCCCUGAGGCGGCCCCGGCCCAGGCCCAGGCCAACUUGCUCACCGUCUACCUGGUGGUGGCGUUGGCCUCGGUGUCGUCUUUCUUCCUCUUCUCGGUGUUCCUGUUCGUGGCGGUGCGGCUGUGCAGGAGGAGCAGGGAGACCUCAUUGGGUCGCUGCUCGGUGCCCGAGGACCCCUUUCGGCAUCUGGUGGACAUGAGCGGCACCAGGACCCUAUCCCAGAGGUACAAGUAUGAAGUGUUUCUGACGCGAGGCUCCGGGACAAAUGAAUUCAAAUUCCUGAAGUCUGUUAUCCCUAAGCAUCCGGGCGCUGUGAAUGAUGGGAGGAAAAGUCCAACUUUGUAAAUGGUUUUGGAUUCAAUUAAGAAUCUGUAGAUUUUUCAGAGCAUUUAGGAUAAAGGUUAGUCCUUUAUCAAUAUAUUAAGUCUCUGUUACGUUUUUUGUGCUAUAUAGAUUUUCUAAGAUUUUCCUGAUUUCAUUUUCCUACUUAAGAUUAGACAUUUUCUUUGAUUAUUUGUUCAUACUUAGUCUCCUUUUAUCAUGUCCAUUUUGAUGAAUACAACUUUCAGGUUUACUCAUUAAUGAAAAGUAAUAUUUGUUCAAUUUAUCAACUUUUCAAAAUCACAGGCUGUUGACUUGAAGA